AAUUGUUAUUAGUUGGUGAAUGACUGGAGAGUAGUACGAUAAGAUCAUGGAACUAACAUAAAUUCACUAAUUUUCUUCCUCUAAUUGUCAUUUAUUUUGCAAUAAUCUUUGAAAUGAAAAUUUUUUCAUUUUGCACUUGGUUAUUCUUUAUUUUGUUUGUUGAAUGUAGUAACUCCACGUGUGGGGAUCAUCAUGGGUUCUGAUUCAGAUCUUCCUAUUAUGAAGAGUGCUGCUGAGUUCUUGGAGAUGUUUGAUGUUCCUCAUGAGGUAAGAAUAGUGUCAGCUCAUCGAACUCCAGAACUAAUGUUUUCUUAUGCCUCCUCUGCUCAUGAACGGGGCAUACAAGUUAUUAUUGUUGGCGCUGGUGGCGCAGCUCACUUGCCCGGUAUGGUUGCUGCUCUUACUCCCCUGCCUGUCGUAGGUGUUCCUGUGCGUGCUUCAACCCUAGAUGGAAUAGAUUCACUCUUGUCAAUUGUCCAGAUGCCGAGAGGUGUCCCUGUCGCCAAGAUCAUAUGGUUAAAUUGGGUCAAGAUCAUAUUAUUUUUUCCCAAAUUUUUGUAA